ACACUAAUGGCUUCAAAUCAAAACAAAUUUGUUUAAAUAAUAAUUCAAGUUUUCGCUACGUUUUCCAAUGGGGGGCACUCGGUGUGUUUUUCGCAAUUGCAAAGUUUCAUCGCAGCGUAAUCCCAAAAUGCACUUCUUCAAGUUUCCGGUGAGGCAUCCGAAACGUCUGGAGGCUUGGCUAAAGAACUGCUCGAAUGAGGAAAUUACCGAACUGGCCGACCUAAAGAAAUUGGCCAAUCGAGCGGUAUGUGCUCGGCAUUUUCGUGUGGAAUGCUUUAUGAACUACAAAAUGGACAGACUGAUAGCAAGCCAAAUGCCGAAUCCGACUCUGAUGCGGAUAAACAAGUAUUUGGCUUGGGAUAUUGAAAAUCUCGAUACGCAUGGUGAACCAAAAAUGGUAAAAUUAGAGAAACCCACGGCCAAGCAUUUGAUCCCACCGGCAGAAUUUGAGUGUCCGCUUGGCUUCGACAGCGACGAUUAUGCAGACGUUACAGAGGAGGAUGAGGAAAUGCCUGAUUCUUUAGAUGCAGAUACAAUUCAAACGAUUGAUGUCAAGGCAACGAAAAGAAAGGAGGACGAAGAGGUGGAGAAGCCACUAUUACAACAGGAAAAAGAGGAAUUGAAACAGGACACUAAACGAUUAAGAAUGCUUGCCUUUCGAUUGGUGGAUGAGGGUCACAGCCUGGAAAAUAUAGAGGAUGAGAUCAAUACUGAUGUCGAAUCGGUUGAAACUUCCAUACAAAACGCCCACGACGAGCUUCAACGGAAAUACGACAAACUUUUGGAUGAUCAUGAACAAUUAAAGAAGUCUAAAGCAUCCGAAAUGCUGUCACAAACUGCCAGCUCCUCCUCCUCUCUCAAAACUUUAACCAAGACUCAGUUAUAUCAAGGCCUUAAAAAAUAUCUAGGACCCACUAUGGCCGCCUUGGUGCGCAUGGAAAUGUUUGGGGGUAUAGAUGAUCGCGAAUGGCAAGAUGAUGAGCGGCAAUUUGCGAUGGAACUACUACAAUUAGGCGAUGAGGUCUAUACCUACUGUUCCGAAGAGUGGCGCUUCCGUUUGCCCUCCCUCCGACUGGUUCGCAAUUGGCUAAACCAUCAAAACGACCAAUUAUAGUUAUAAACAUCAUAUUUAAUUUAAUUAAUUAUACUUAUAAGUAGCUUAUACAUAUAUGUAAAUUCAAUCCAAAUGGCAUAUUAUAGAAUCAUCUGUGGUCUUGUUAACGCAUAUAUCUUGAGAGGAUGAAUCACAGAAAUAAUUAUCCAGGCAACUGCCGGUGACAUUGGUUGGCGUGGUGGCUCCAAAGCAAAACGCAAAUGUUGUCCGUGAGGUACAUGCAAACACAUAGUUUGGAGCGCACUGGCCACAGCUAUCCGUGUCCCCACAACUGGAUGGUGUCUCGCUACGUUGAAAGCAAAUCACGGGCUGAUCUGUGCACACUAAACCAUCGGUGCACGUGAAUGUCUGAUUUGUAUACGGUUGAUCGGAUCCGAAGCACAAAUGAUAUGACGUUUGAUUGAUGCAAGCAGCGCCAUUCGACGCUUGGCACACAUUGCAAUCGCUCCAUGUCUGAUAAAUCAAAUGCAACAGGAACACAGAAAGAACCUUAAAAAAAAAAAAGGACACUACAUGAAAACUGCAGGACUUAAGUUUCAAAAACCAUAUCGUAUUUUCUCUGUCGUCUUAUUAAAGUUACACUCAUAAGAUUAGUUAAUAUCGAAAGCAAAUAAUUGUUAAAAAUUUACGCAGAACUUUAUCUAAAUAUAGAAGAGCCUGUUGUAAAGUAAACGUUAAUAAUAGCUUUAGAUAAGGCCUUUUGUCGUUAAGAAAAAGGAUCAAGUUUUUUAGACUGGCCUUCAAUUUGAAAAUUGUGUUAGCGAAUAUUUUAAGUCUUUUACUUACCACAUAGAUAAACUUGUACAUCUUGAAACUUUGCCAACAGUCGUAUGAAUGGUUUGCGAAUUCAUUCAGCUUGGCCUUUUAAACAACCGAAAAAAAAUGAAAAUAAAUAAAUAAAGAAGUAGGUUUACGGCGCCAUGUGAUUCACUACUAUGGGAACCUUGA